AUGUUUCGAUGGGGCAAAUCCGAUACAGUGCGGCCGGAAAACGAAGGGUCUCUUGAUGCGCCCUCGGCCAGGUCAGGCCGCCGAAAGCUGCGGAACACCGGGCUAUACAAAUGCUGCCCUGAGAAGAGGGGCAACAUUCUGUACCGAUGUACUCGGAAGUCGUCCAACCCCACCUCCGUACGUGUCAAGCUCCCACCAGAGACACAACCCACUCACGACAACCACCACUUGCCACUAACUGAAUUCUGCUUCUUUGUUUUCCAUGCCCUGCUCCAUCACCAACUCUUUUCUGCCUCCAGUUCGGUGCGGGCAAAUUUUCUUGUCUUAUUCGAAUCCCUUAGAGCAGUUUUCACCUUGUCCGUCUGCCGCUGCAACCUGCCAUGGACCUGCUUCUCACGAUCUAAGUGGCCCCUCGUUUCUUCGGAGCUUCUUGCGCCGUUACUUGACGCUCCGGACCGAGAGCCCAUACAUAUCUGCACAACUUGGCCUCACUGCCUCACCCUGUUCAACAUCUGCUUGAAUUUGCAGAAGGAGAUUACAACAUGGCGAGCCCCGACUGCCAAUAUCUGA